GAGUCACAACGUGGAAAGAAUCGGUGUUCAUCGACCAGGAACGUUUGUAACAAAGAUUCCAUCAAACUGUGUACCCGAAAAAAGGGAGAAAAAGAGAGGUGCAAAGACAGAAAAAAACGUGAAAACGACACGAGAGAGGAAGAAUUUAACAAUAAAAACAGCAACAAGAAUCGGUGACGAUUGAGUGAAUUGAAUAACAAUGUUCAAAAGUGCCGUGAAUGUGUGGGUUCAACAAAUUACGACACGCACUCGUGAUUCUGCAGCGAUUAUUGUCUCAAUGCCACCUUUAGCCACCCCCAUUUAGUACUCCAACUGCAGGAUCUGCAAAUUGCACUAAUAAUUUAUUACAUCUUUUACUUCAUAAUAAAAAUAAAAGAAAUCUGGAGCUUCUAAAAGCAUUUUCUAAGUAAUAAAAAUGUUUAGUGUACAAGGGCCUUAAGAUAAUGAUCACAAGCACGAAAAUUUUAUAGCUUUGUACUUUCGAUCAAGAUCAACACGUUACUGACAUUUUUCGGAGUUAUUCAAAACAGCAUUUGCAUAAAAUAUCAAGAUUUUUAAUUAAAUAUUUUUUUUAAUUUAUUUCUAGAUUAAAAAAUAGGGAUUAUAUUAUAUUAGUUUCUGUUUUAUUAAUUAUUUUGAAAACUAUCAAUAUCAGUAAGAAUUGACGACUAGUAAAAAGUGUUUUUUAUUUAUUUUUAUGAACUCACCUAAAAAUCAAAAAAAAAAAUUAAAUUUUAAGAAAAAAAACAUUUCAAAAGACGUCACUUAACGUCACUAAUUUAACUUCCUCAUCCGCUUCAUUCGCUUUAUUAAUUUAUAAAUAUUUUAAGUCAAAUAUUUUAAUAUGGAUACAAUAAAAUGGAAAAACCUUUACAGUAAAAUGGAUUUAUGAGUCCUAGAGUUUUCAGUAGCUGUCUUUAAUACAAAUUCAGCUUUCUCAAGAAUUGUCCUCUAAACUUUUAAGUGUUAAAAUAUAUUAUUAAGGAAAUUAUAAAUAGAACAGAAGACUUCAAUUCCAAUUAUUAUAUAUGAGCUAUACGAGGAUUGAUGACUUAUGAGACGAAAUACUGGUAUCCCAUCAUAUUACACAUAUUAUUAUCUCGAAAAUUACUAAUAGCCUGUAAUUUUAACCUAAUCUUAUUAGGCUCAAAAUUGAGACAAGGGUUUCGAGUUCCAUUUCAGUUCAAAAAGGCAUUUUUAAAUAAUUCAAUUUACUUUAAGAGCUAUCCCAGACACAAGAGGCCGCUAUAUUACAAUAUGUAGACGCCGGGUGGUUGAUAGCAGAGACACCUGUGGGUGAACAUAUUACCGACACGUGGCUGACGUUUUGGUCGACGUGUAACCAAGUCAAAACCAAUUCACCCGGAGUCACAGCUUAAUUUCUCCAGAAGUGUUUUUGCAUUUUCUUCGAGACUUCCGUGCAAUAAAACAGUGAAAAUGCCAGCAGCUCCAAGUUCCACCAAUGUUGGUUCAGGAGGCCGAUCUCCAAGUAAACCCUCAGCAGCUCCCCGGACAGCCACCAGUGGCGGUCUGAAGCAACGCAAAACCACAUCCUCAUCUUCCUCGGCAGGACGCACAAGGGCUCCUGGAGGCGGAAGUGGCGGAAUGUGGCGUUUCUACACAGACGAUUCUCCCGGAAUCAAAGUUGGUCCAGUUCCUGUCCUCGUGAUGUCUCUCCUGUUCAUAGCGUCUGUUUUUAUGCUGCACAUUUGGGGAAAGUACACGAGGGCGUAAGGGGAGAUUGGGAUGCCUGGGAUAUCAAAAGACAACAUUGUGAGCAUUUUUCAAGGCUGGAAAGCUGCUCCAGAGACUCAGCAUAUUUAAAAUUCCAAUUCAUCAGCUGCUCAUCAAUCAUCAAAGGCCACAGUGCUGAGACUUCUUCACAAAACAUUUUCCACAAGAUGCGAUUUUUUCUAUUGUAUCACCUGCCCAUCUCAAUAAAGGGAUUCUCUGAAAAA